AUCGCAUCACCACGUAGCCGCACGGAGACGGCGCGGGCAUGCAUCCCGCUUUUACACACAUUGACUGGAGUCACCAGUGCAUCUUGGCCAGCCGAGCACAAAGGAUCGUUGACUGUGGGUGGAUACGAUUACCAUUGCUGGCGUUACAUUGAAUUCAUUACAGUAUUUUCAAGCGCGAGUUUGGUUGGGUGACAUAUCUGCAUUUUGAGGCAUUUUCAUCCACAAGACGGUUUGUUUCUGGCAGGGAAGCAAACCAGGUCGAAGUCAACCCGGCUAUUUUUUUUGAACCGGGUGCUCAAAUCUUCAUUAUUAUUAUUUUUAAUACACCACCAGGGUUGUUCCGGAUCCAAAGAGGGAGUGUUUCUUUCUUCACCAAUGAGAUACAGCGAAGACGCCAUCCGUCAUUUUCUGUGUUUCGGACGGUAAACCUUCACUACGCAUGCAGGAAGAAAUCUGGGCUGACACCGGAUCGACCAGCGUCAGUACGCACAUUGACCGCGGAGAGCCCCAGGCGAAUGACAGAGCUACGAAGGCGGCCAUUGCUUGGCCCGUGUUGCUGAAUUGUAGUGCGUGAGCGCCGUUAUUGGAGUUGUAACCGAGCCAAAGCCAUGGUGCACUGCGCCGGGUGCGAAAGGCCUAUCCUGGACCGCUUUCUUCUCAAUGUGCUGGACCGAGCCUGGCACGUCAAGUGUGUCCAAUGCUGCGAGUGCAAAUGCAACUUGACAGACAAAUGUUUUUCUCGAGAGGGGAGAUUAUACUGCAAAAAUGACUUCUUUAGGCGGUUCGGCACCAAGUGUGGUGGAUGUUCACAGGGCAUAUCUCCAAACGACUUGGUCCGGAGGGCUCGAAGCAAAGUGUUUCAUCUCAACUGCUUCACGUGCAUGAUGUGCAAUAAGCAGCUCUCGACCGGCGAAGAGCUCUACAUCAUAGACGAAAACAAAUUCGUUUGCAAAAACGAUUACCUAAGCAACAGCAGUGUAAAAGACACAAACCUCCUUUCAGUCGCGGCAUGUAGCGACCCGAGUUUAUCUCCGGAUUCCCAAGACCACCUCCAGGACGACGUGGUUCUUAAGGAAACGGAGAUUGCCGCCCUCUCGGAUAAGGAAACUGUAAAUAACGAGAACGACGACCAGAGUUUGGGCGGCAAGCGGCGAGGCCCGCGGACGACAAUUAAGGCCAAACAGCUGGAGACGCUAAAGGCGGCCUUUGCUGCAACGCCCAAACCCACCCGACACAUCAGGGAGCAACUGGCACAAGAGACUGGCCUCAACAUGAGAGUUAUCCAGGUCUGGUUCCAGAACCGCCGUUCCAAAGAAAGGCGCAUGAAGCAGUUGAGCGCACUAGGAGCACGCAGGCAUGCUUUUUUUAGGAGUCCAAGGCGGAUGAGGACGCUGGUUGACCGCCUGGAACCCGGGGAGCUCAUCCCGAACGGACCUUUCUCUUAUUACGGAGAUUAUCAAAAUGAAUAUUAUGGUCCAGGAGGGAACUAUGACUUCUUUCCUCAGGGACCACCCUCAUCACAGGCCCAGACCCCAGUAGAUCUCCCCUUUGUGCCCUCUUCAGGCCCCACAGGCACACCGCUUGGCGGUAUGGACCACCCCCUGCCUGGGCACCAUCCAUCCACUGAAGUGCAGCGCUUCUCUGAUAUUACGUCCCACCACCCUGGGGAUUCUCCAAGCCCAGAGCCUGGCAUCCCAGGAACUCUGCACAAUAUCUCCACUGAGGUGUUUGGCCCGAGCCCACCGUUUACCUCACUGUCUCUGAAUGGCAGCGGAUACAGCAACCAUUUGUCACAUCCACCCACGGAAAUGAAUGAAGCCACUGUGUGGUAGUUUAUUUGGAGACUGGACUCUUGAGGCCGGCAGAUUACUAACUGCGGUGAAUUGGGCUGUGUACUGAAUUGAGGCAUGGAUAGCAACAGGGUUAGGGCAAUUCCACAAAACAUUUUUGUAUGAUUUCUUAUUUAUUAUUUAUUCAUAUGAGACUAACCCAAAACUGCACAUUUUGGAACUGACCUUGAUGUGCAUUUGAAGCCCGUACUAUCCUGCUGCUUUGUCAGGAGCUUGGCAUGACACAACAUUUACCACUGUCAUGAAGUAAUUAAAUUUCAGAUCUGUUAUAUUUCCAGAAAAGUAUCAUUCGCUCCUGUCAAAGACAUCAAUAGCUUUACAGACAGAUAGUAAUCUGUUCAAAGGAUGCGCACGAACUGAAGCAGUGCUCAAUGUUUCAGGCAUUAGACAUACUCCAUGUAUUUACUCAGAAGUUGCGCAAACCGUUUUUUGCCUCUGCCAUAUUGAUCCUUCACGUUUCUUCAGGCAAGACAAAAUAAUACACUCAUCCAUGUCAAGUUUUGGAAGGUUUUCUUUUGUUUUCAGAAUUUCCAUCAAACCUGGGGAAAGCUGCCUUAAAAAGGCGAACAUAACAAAAUGUCCUCUGUGGAUUUCAAACACUUUAUUUAAAAUGGAACUGCUCAACUUUUGAAGUCUGCUUACUAAAAAAAACCCUCGACUUGGGGUUCAAAUGGGAUUUAAAACAGUCAACUGUUUACAUAAUUUAUUUCAAGUUCAGGAGUCCAGAAAACAAUGUUUUAGAAUCCUUUCCAUGUAAAAUGUACCAAGCAACCAACCAAACUUUUGUAUUGAGUUCAUUUAUAUUGUAUGAAGAAUAUACAUUUUCUUCAGGUUGUGGUUCACUGUGCUAGUUUGUACAAGAUGUUGUUUACAGAAAAUGGUUGAAAAAAACAAAAAAAAAAACAAAAACGAACCAAACAUAUGUAGUUGCCAAAUAAGAGAAUAGCACAACUGCUGUUAAAUCAUCACUUCAGAAUGUCGGAAUGUUUUAAGACAAGGCAUAAUUUCUUUCUGAAUUUUCUAAAGUACUGACAAUGGAUUCAGAAAGAUUGUUAACAUAACAUUCAUAUCCAGGUUUUAUAUUUAUGUCUUAUAUCAAAAGGAAAAAAAAACAGAUUCAAAUUAUUCAAGGAUUGAUUGUCAAAUACGCAGCUGGAAGCUACGACAUUUCUCGGAAUCUCAAACCCCAUGGCCUGUAAAUGUUGACACUUUUAAUUUCGGUGAGCUCUCAGCGUUUCGCCAUUUUGAACAGGAAUGAGGAAUUUUAAAUAGAUUUUGCUUUUGAUGGCCAAAUUUGAGCCGACUCACUGGGCAUCCUGAAGCGUCAGAAAAAUAAUAAAGCAUAACAUUCAGCGUCUAAAUCGAUUUAUUUUUCUUUCCUCUGCAAAUAAAUAAGAAUUCUUUCUCUUGCAGUAAUUUGAAAAUGGUUCAAUUUCUUCAAAACAAAAAUGAUGUGUCUCAUUCAUUUCAUUGCAGCUAAACAUUCUAGUUUAUUAUUGAUGACACAUAAAGCCAAUGUUCUUAAUUUAUCAACUCUAUUCGACUCCCACCCACAGUCAGGUUGAUGGCACAGCUGCCCAAAAUGAAAAGACAUUUCAAUUACAUCACAAUUUAGUUUUUUUAAAAAAAUAACGAUGAAGUUAAAUGUCAACCUGGACACAUUUUUAAACCCUAGAUUUUUCCUUUUCUAUCUGCUGUGGAACAAUUCAGUAAAUUGACUGACAAUUAGUCACUAAUUUAGACCACCACCCUUUUUUCCCCCUCCAAUCACUUUGGCUUGAUUCCGAUUCCUCUUUCAGCUUACUGGAGGUCAUUUGUCAAAUUGUAAGCUGUUAUUUGGGCAACUGUGAAGGACAAUGAUGACAUUUCUGUGACUGGGACACUCCCACUUUUUAAAAUUAUUUUAUUAUC